UUGUCGCCCUGCGCUAUCUUUUUCUUCGAACACCUGAACGAGGAUUCCUAUCAACAAGGUGCUCGACGGGUUCUGUGUUUCUGCGACCGUGAGUCUGUAUUUCGCGCCGAGACCGACAUCGUCUGGUCCGAAAUUAUGGACGCCCAGACAGCCCUUCGUCCCGUAUCAAAACCCCGUGAGAAUCCUUUUAACUCGAUUUUCCGCCGGAAGAGGCAAUAUGGCCUGCCUGCUUGGUGUCAUUGCGAGCCCCUCAAAGUAACUUGUGCACCUGGACCUCCAGGACCUCCCGGACCUCCUGGACAGCCUGGAAAUCCUGGACUUCCAGGCCCACCUGGUGAGGACAACAGAGUUACUUACGCACCGAUCACAUGCCCACCUAUUGACACAGCGUGCAUCAAGUGCCCACCCGGACCGCCUGGACCUCCUGGGAUGGCUGGACCACCAGGAAUGCCCGGAAAUCAAGGUCCUCCAGGACGUCCUGGACCAAAAGGUAAUGAUGGGGGGUGCGGUUCAGCCGGUCUACCAGGAGACGCUGGACCACCUGGCAUGCCAGGACCAGCUGGGAUGCCUGGUCCCCCUGGAAAGGAGGGCAUCAAAGGUCAUGGAAAGCCCGGACCACCUGGACCACCUGGGCCUCAGGGACCUCAAGGAAAUCCUGGGCGUGGUGGAAGUCCAGGGCCUACUGGCGCUCCCGGACCAACAGGACCACCUGGAGAGCCUGGUGCGCCAGGAAGCCCGGGAUGUGAUGGAACUCCUGGGAUUCCCGGAGCACCAGGUGGAUCAGGAGCCGAUGCUCACUACUGCCCAUGUCCUCCACAUUCAAGGCCAUAUGAAAAGCGUGAAUCAACUCCUGCCAAGGAAGUUUUGCCCAUACCGUUGCCCUCGACUGCCAACAAGAAGCGUCAAACUCCCAUCAUUGAGCGCCAUUCGACUCCCAUCAAGGAGAGUCAGUCAGCUAAAAAUAUUGAGCGCCAAUUGACUCACAACAUGAAGCGCCGUUUGGCCCACAACAUUGAGCGCCACCUGGCUCGCAACUUGAAGCGCCAUUCGACUCAUAUCGCGAACCAGCACUCGGUUUUCAACAGGAUCCAUCACCGACGAAAAUCUCACAAAUACCGCAAUUAUUGA